AUGGCCGAACCAUCUGUCUAUCCUCCCAAUUUCACAUCCUUUCUGGACCAAGACCAAAGUUCCCUAUUCUCCGUCCUACCGCCCGAGAUUCGACAUGAAAUUUUCGCCUACGCCCUCGCGAGCUUCGAGGAUACCGACCGCCCGUAUAGUAGGGAGACAUACUGGACACGACCAGGCUAUACGGCCCCCCAUCGUACUUGCACAGAACUUCUCCGAACAUGCAAGCGGAUCUAUCGUGAGGCCUGGUUCCUGCCUUUUGCUAGUGCCGAGCACUCGUUUUAUCUUACUUCCCACGAUCGACAGCCCGACGUACGAUUCUCAUUCCAGGACCAUCUAAAUCUGAUCCACAGUAUCCAUGGCGAGACGAGUAUUGGUCGGAUCAGGAUAUUUGCGCAACUCUGGGCCCUCGAAGAUGGAGUUCGGAUGGAGUAUCUUCUCAAUAUGAGCCACUUCGCCCCCAGAAGCAUCACGCUCACGAUCCGCUACACUGAUUUCUGGUGGUGGGAACGUGAUCAGCCGCUGUCUAUCCAAGCACCAUGGGUCAAUCGAAUUCGGUUGCCGGCGAGUGUCACGCGGUUUGCCAUGGAUUUCGAGAGUAUCGAGCGCCGCAAGGGGGAGAUCGAUUACAUCGCCAACCAGGCGGCCGAGACUUGGUUCUUCCGUCGCAGGGACGGGCAGUUUCUCACGGCGGACAAAGCCGACAUGACCGUGUCGAAGUGGACGGGGAGCUCUAUCCUGGGAAAGCAGCGAUGGCUUCGCGACGAGGUCCGUCCGGGUCAGUUGGACUACCAUGUCGUGACAGUCGUGUGGCGGGUGUCUCCAGGCUUAAAGGAGGAGCCGCUCCCGACGCCGUGCCCGACGGUGCAAGUACCACCUGAUUUUCAACGGCCAACUCCUCCUUCCAGACAUGCCAGCUCUGUGUUGGUCGAUCACUUGCAGGCGGCCCAGAUAGCACCCGACCUGUCGGCGGAGGAAACCUUCGCGGCCCUGCAGGCAUACCACCGCAGACUAAUGGAGGAACGGCUGGCGAUCAGACGGCGCUCGACGAGGCGGCCACGAUCUGUGAGUCGACAGCAGCUGGAUGAGUGA